AUGACGGACGCCGCAGACAACUUUGACGUGACUCUGACCAAGUACAAGACGGCCGGUGAGAUUGCCGCCAAGGCCAUCCGCACUGUGAUCGAUGCUGCGCAGGAGGGCAAGACGGUCCUGGAGCUUAUGCAGCUCGGUGACGAGGCUGUUGAGCAGGGCACUUCGGCUGUGUACAAGGACAAGAAGAUGGCCAAGGGUCUUGCGUUCCCCACGACAGUCUCGAUCAACAACGUGGUGUGCAACUAUGCUCCGCUGCCGAGUGACGAUGCCUCGAAGACGGCGCUCCAGGCCGGCGAUGUGGUCAAGUUCCAGCUUGGUGCGCAAAUUGACGGCUACGCGGCCGUUGUCGGUGAGACGGUGGUUGUCGGCGCCAGCGCUGAGAAGCCUGUGACGGGCCGUGCUGCGGACGUGCUUAAGGCUGCGCACACUGCGGCUGAUGUGGCCAUUCGCCUGAUGCGUCCCGGCAUGUUGAACCACGACAUUGCGAAGCAGGUCGAGCAGACCGUGAAGGAGUUUGAUGUGCGUGGUGUGGACGGUAUGCAGACGAACCAGUUCGCCAAGGACGAGAUCUCGGGCAAGAAGAAGAUCGCGUUCGGUGGUGAUGGCACCUCGCGCCCUGAUGCCUGCAAGCUGGAGGAGAACGAAGUGUACGGUGUGGACAUUGUCGUGACUACCUCGGCGGACGGCAAGAGCAAGUCGGAUGACACGUUCACUUCGAUCUACCGCAAGACCAAUGCUACCUACCUGCUGAAGAUGGCGACCUCGCGCAAGGUGUUCUCGGAGAUCCAGAAGAAGGCUGGCGCCUUCCCCUUCAACCUCCGUGCGCUGGAGGACGAGAAGCGUGCUCGUAUGGGUGUGCAGGAGUGCGCGAACCACGGCCUGGUGACGCCUUUCCAGGUGUUGGUGGACGCGAACGCUUCGGCGAUCACUGCGCAGGUGUUCUUCACUGUGGCUGUGAACGCGAAGGGUGCGAUCCGUCUUACCCCUGCCCCGACGUGGUACUCUGCUGAGAAGGUGCAGAGUGACAAGGAGGUGCAGAGUGAGGAGAUCAAGUCUCUGCUGGCUACCAGUGUGCGCCAGACGAAGAAGAAGAACAAGAAGACGGCGGAGGCGUCGGCAUAA